AUGGCCAACAACUCUGCGAUGGUCACAGCUCGACUACGCGAAGACGUCAAAGCCUACGGACGAAAAGGCUCCAUCGUCCCCGUCGCCCGCGGCGAAAUGCGCAACCGCUUCUUCCCCUCGGGCACAGCCGACUACGUCACCCUCCCCGAACUGCGCAAGCUGCGCCUCUCCAACACCGCCGUCGCGCGGGACUUCAACUACGGCCUCGCCUCCACUACCUCGGAGGCCAUGGCGCCCUGGCAAAAGGACAUCCCGGGGGACAUCAAGAAGAUGAGCAACGACGAAGUGGUGAAUGCUAGCGCGUUCCAGAAGAAAGUGGAGGUGGAGAGGUUGAGUCCGGAACGGGGCGUGGAGUUGCUGGAGGCGUUUGUGCGGCCGCGGUUGGAGUUUUAUCGGCAGCCGAUUAUUGAGGAGAAGAAGGAGGAGGAGAUGGUGGAGGAGGUUCCAGAACCGGAGAGGAAGCCGCAGCGGUCGUAUGGUGGGGGCGCUGGAGCGGAACUGUUGGCGGCGAGGAUGGGAGGGGUUGUGCAGCCAAGGAUGGAGAAGGGGAAGGGUGAGGUGGUCGGCCCGCAGGCGAUAUACGGUUCUGUGUCGCCGUUGGAUGUGCUGCAGGCUGUGCGAGCGGCGAUGGCGGAGAAUGACGAGGCGAAGAGGGUGGUGCUGUCGGAGCAGGAUGUGCAGUUCGUGGAUCUGCCAGAGACGGAGGGAGAGACUGCGAAGGUGGUCAAGCAUGUUGGCGAUUUCGCUGUGGAGAUUAAUUUGAAGGGCGCGGACACGACUGUAAGGCGGGUUGUUAGGGUGAUCCCACAGGAACUGUAG